AUGGUCGUUACUCGUUCAUCUCCAUCUCCGGCUAAAGCUACAAAACCCACAAAACAAUCGCAGAAAACCAGACCCAAAUCAAAAAUGGGUAAAAAAAAUCUUAAAGAGAACCCUCCUAGCCCCACUUCCCCUUCUGUUAAAAGAAAAACUCUUGGUGGACCUUCGAAGAACACUCGAGGAAAAAGACCUCGAACUGUUGUUGAAAACUCAGACUCAGAUUUUGAGUUGGAAUCUGAAUUUCUUAAGUCGCCUGUAUCUGUUAAGGGCAAGGGUAAAUCCCACGUAAAGGUGUUGCCAUCAUCAGGUGUGGCUGAGGAAAUUCCUGUUAAUAGGAUUGUUGAGGAUUGGGAAUGCAAGUACACCCGAUCUCAAUUCUAUCAUUCUAGAGUAGUAACAUCUGGGUAUUACUCUGUACUUGGAGACAUUAAGAGAAUUCUAACUGAAAGCCAAUUGGAAAUUUUUUCAAAAUCUGUGUUUGGUUAUUUUCUUCGGAUUCCGGAGUACAUAAUUCAUUACCAAUUGCUUCAUUGUUUGCUGUUGAGGGAGGUUCAACAGCCUAAUGGGUUGGAGUUUUGGGUUUGUGUCCAAGGGAAAUAUCUUAGGUUUAGUAUCGAAGAGUUUGCGUUGGUCACGGGGUUAGAUUGUCAUGUUGAUUCUGAUUUUUAUCAGUUUAAGCAAGAUGAUAAUGAAUUGGUCAAACAUUGUUUUAAGGGGUACAAAAAAAUUACCAAGGGUGCUAUUCAGACUACUUUUAUUGCUGACAAUCUUAAGGAUAACGACGAUCUUGCAGUCAAGUUGGCUGUCUUGUAUUUUGUGCAGUGUUAUUUGUUGGGUGGUCCCCCGGAUAAAGUUGUUUUGUCUGAAGAAAUAGAUGUUGUCGAUAGUGGUCGAUAUAAUGAAUUUGGUUGGGGCAAGCAUUGUUUUGAUAUCACUAUGCAUUCUUUGAAGGGUAAGAUAGAUUCUGGUUAUAAGAGGGUAGUUCGUAGUGACGAGGAUGGUGGGUAUUACAGGUUAUUGGGUUUUCCUUUGGCUAUUCAAUUCUGGUUUUUCGAGUAUUGCCCGUACGUUAUUGGGAAACUGUCGUUGUACUCAAAUGUUGGCAUUCCAAGGAUUUUGAAUUGGCCUAAAUUACCCAAGGACAAGGAGGGUCAGGUGAAAAUGGAUGUCAUGAACACCCUCAUUUUCGAUCGGUCUUUGAAAGAGUUAAAAUUAAGAAACAUCACUCCAACUUCUGUUGAGAGAUUGAGUUUGAGCCUUACUGAUUUUUUCUCUGGUGAGACUACUCUCGAUGCUGUCAAAUUCAAAAUUAAAGGUGGUUCCAAGCCUGCUGGUCAACCUGGCUUGAUGGGUGCUUCUUCAUCAUCUGCUCAUGAGAAUGUCUCCCGAGUUGAGUUUGAGGAAUUUAAAAAGUGUCUAUCUGUUGUUGUCAGCCAGCAAGGGAUACUUAUGAAAUCUGUUGCUGAGAUGAACAAGAAGCUGGACAUUCUUAUUGAGGUGUUUUUUUAAUUGUCAUUACUUUUUCUGUUAUUUUUUUAGUAGUGUUUUUAUGUUGUUUUAUACAGUAAAUUAAUUUUUUAAGUUUUUUUUGUUCUCAGUCAUCCCAAGGUGGUCUUACUCACAAUGGAUCUCAGUCUGAAGAUGCUCUUCGUACUUCAAAAAAUGAGGAUGAUGAAGAUUCCACUU